CCCAAACUUGUUGGCUGCUGUUGUCGUGGGAGGACAACAGACAGUGCUUCGUCUGUUUGUUGUGGGUGUGUUGGUGUUGUUGGUGACGAUGACGACGGUGGCGGAGCGGUGGCAGCAUCGCUUCUUGAACAGUGGCAAGGGGCUUGCAGCGUGCUUGUUAUUAGCGCUGGUGUGGGUGUUGUUGGAGAAGGCAGCAGUGAACCAUGUGUCCAGGCCAACAGAUGUGGAUACGUUUCACGCCCGUGAUUACUUCAACAGCGACCUCACAUGGCGGAGCAAGCGGUUCUUCGAGCUCACGCGGAACCUAAGCGUUCCACUUCCAGGCGCACGAGCAAGAGCUGCAGGGAGGCCGAUCGAGCAGACGAUUCGAGAUUUGCAGCAGCUGGAAAGGCAUGGCAAGGCGCUGGCAACGACAUCUCUGCAGCUUCAAGCAGACCUCUUGGCCGCGGAAGCCCACAUCUCUGUGCUGAAGAGUCGGAUAGCACUGGGCGAGAACAGGGACAUUUUGCAUUCCAUGUGGUUCAAGUACUGCUGGAAACCAGGCAAGACGAGAAUAUGUGAUGCUGACAGCGUGUUGAGACCGAUCAUCAACCUGCAGGCACCGCCUGUGGUGUUUGCAGUUUAUGGCACACUGGUGUGCUUUCUCGCUGCGACAAGCGCCGGCGAAUUCGUGGUUGCCAACCACAUGAUCUGUACGCUUUCCUGA